CUGGUGUCCAUUGAUGAUUAUAAUAAUAAACGUGUAUAAGAUUCCUGCUUUUGUUGUUUAUUAAUAAAAAUAGCGUAUCGAAUAGCUUAGAGCCCUAUCAAGUCUUAUGGAUCGUGAUACACACGUUUUCCAAAAUGGAAAAUAUGAUAUUUAUUAGGUUAUGAUUGAAGAUAUUUCACGCAAUUAAAUGGCAGUAAUACAUACCUGUCGAAGAAGGAAGAAGAAAGUUUACAGAUGCUAAAUUACAAUAUACAGGUCGUAACCUGAAUGUUAUUAAUUAAAGGAAUAGUAUUUCCAAUAUAAGAAUAACAAUGGGUAAACAUGAAGUGGGGACACCCAAAUAUAUUGCAAACAAAAUCAAAGCGAAGGGUUUGCAAAAAUUAAGAUGGUACUGUCAGAUGUGUCAGAAACAAUGCAGGGAUGAGAAUGGAUUCAAAUGUCAUACUAUGUCAGAGUCUCACCAUCGGCAGCUGCUAUUGUUUGCUGACAAUGCAAGCCGUUAUAUGGAUCAGUUUUCAAGGGAAUUCUCACAAGGUUACUUAAACUUAUUAAAGAGACAAUUCGGCACCAGACGUGUGCCUGCUAAUCGUGUUUAUCAAGAAUAUAUUUCGGACAGAGGACAUAUACACAUGAAUGCUACAAUUUGGGUUACUUUAACUGCAUUUGUUAAAUGGCUUGGACGUUCUGGACAAUGUGUAGUAGAUGAAACAGAAAAAGGCUGGUAUGUAACAUACAUUGACAGAGACCCAGAAACACUAGCAGCUCAAGAGAAAAAAGCAAAGAAACAAAAGAUGGAUAAAGAUGAUGAAGAACGCAUGAUGGAAUUCAUAGAAAAACAGGUAGAGAAGGGUCAACAAGAAGGUGGGGAAGAAACUGGAACCUUUAAAGAGCCAUUGAAAAAAACUGAUCCUGAUGCACCUCUAAUUCUUGAAAUGAAGAUCAAUAAAAAACCAAAACUACUUCCCAUCAUCAUAAAACAAGAAAAAGAUAAAGACGAAUGUUCUACUAGCAAUGAAAUAAUUACAGUUUCUGCUAUAAAACGUGAGAAAUCAAUCGAUGAAUAUACAGAGAAAGAUUCAAAGAACAAAGGAACAAAACGCAAAUCCAAGGACAUGGAAGAUGACAAUAAUUUAGAAGGUUGGCUAAAGGAAAAUUUAACAGUGAAAAUAAUUACAAAAAGUCUUGGUGAAAAAUAUUAUAAAGCUAAAGGAGUCAUUCAGUCUGUAGAGAAUUCUAACUUUGUUGGAAAAGUAAAAUUAAAAUCACCUAAAGAAGUUGAAAACCAUGUUAUAAAGAUCGAUCAAGAAUAUUUGGAGUCAGUAAUACCUGCAAUUGGAAAAGAAAUCAUGAUUCUGUGGGGAAAAUACAAAGGUAUGAAAGGAGUAGUGCAUAAACUUCAUAUAGAAAACUAUAGUAUAGAUAUAGAACUUGUAAAGGAUGGUACUAUUGUAAAGAAGCUCCCAUAUGAACAAGUAUGCAAAUACGUGACAUGAUUGUUUUUGUGAUAAGAUGAAGAUUAUGUUGUAAUUUCAUUAUCUUUUUAAUAAGGUAUAUUAUAUAAAGAUAGAUAGAUCGAAAUUAUUUAUACUCUUAUCUGUAGAUAUUAAAGUAUCUUAAACAGCACCUGUGUGCACAAAAUUUAUGGUGUUUGUUCAAAAACAUCAAUUCUUUUUAUGUAUAGCAUUUCUCAAAUAAAUCUAAUUUUCUAAAAAAUCUCCUU